AUGAAGGAAACAGAGAAACUCCAACCUCUCAGGAAACAGGAAAAUGCACUUAUGGGCGUCCCUCCAAAUGCUCUCUUCCGAAAGAAAAAUGCUGAUUGGACGCCGCUGCUGCUGGCGGCGCUGGUACCGCUGUGCUCCGGGUGGCUGAUUCCUGGGAUCGCGUCGCUGCUGCAUGCCAAGGCCUACCUGCUGCGCCAGUUCACAGGCAAGAUCUUCCAGAAGCCUGCAGUCCACAUCGCCAAGAUACACGUCUACCCCGCAUACCCCGCCAGGACGAUAUACUACCCUCCGAGGCCGGUCUACCGACCGCCGCCGCCGGUCUACGGCCCACCCCCGGCUUACGGCCCACCGCCUGUCUACGGGCCGCCUCCGUCGUACGGGCCUCCCGCAACGACCACGACGACGACUUCGCCGCCAGAGACAUUACCUCCGGAGACUGAAGCUCCGCCUCUCCCGGAGGCGCCUUAUGCACCGCCACCGCCACCGGAGUCGUCGUACGGGCCUCCACCGCACGAAGAGGGGUUCACGGAACCACCUCCACCGUCGUAUGGCCCGCCCCCGGCAUCCUACGGCCCACCACCAGUGACGCACGGGCCGCCUCCAUCGUCUUACGGACCACCCCCUUCGUCUUACGGACCACCCCCUUCGUCUUACGGACCACCCCAUUCGUCUUACGGUCCGCCUCCAACAACGUAUGCGCCACCGCCGUCGUCUUACGGGCCGCCUCCCUCGUCAUACGGCCCACCCCCAGCGUAUGGAGUUCCCAGAUGA